AUGGGUGCUGGCGCCUCCGCAGACUCUCAAGUCACGCAGGCCUCGCCUGCAGAGCUGCGUGAGUUGGCAGCACAGUUGCCUUUGUCCGAGCAAGAGAAGUUGCAGAAGGCUCUGGCUCUGGCACUGGUAGGAGUCGUCGGAGCCGGAGUCGCCGGGACCAAUGAUUCUGCCGGAGACGGCUCUUUGAGGGUGGAUGUCCUACUGCCGAGCGGCCGCUGCGAAGCCGUCUCGAUGCCACCAGACUCCACUGUCAGUGAUCUUGAAGCCGCAGCUCGGAGAGCCCUUGGGCUCCAGGGUCGCUUAAGGCUUGCUGGCUCUGACGGCGAACUACUUGAUCGCGAGCAGAAGCUUUCUAACGGAGACCAGGUCACUGCCAUUGCUCAGCCUGUGCUUGUGCAGACGACGGAUGCAGCCGUGGCAUGCUUUUGCAGCGGUGGGAACUGCGUGGUGACUUGGGGCCAUUGCAAUUUCGGAGGAGACAGCGACAAGGUGCAGAAGCAACUUCGGAACGUCAGUGAAAUUCAGGCGUGCGCUGACGGCCGUUUUGCAGCUAUUCGGAUAGACGGCACCGUGGUCACGUGGGGUGAUUCCGACUUCGAAAAGUCUGCAAAAAAAGUGGCGGAUCAGCUGACCCAGGUACAAAGGAUCCAGGCAAAUGGCAAGGUCUUCGCUGCCAUACGUGCAGAUGGGAGUGUCGUAACCUGGGGGAACUCGCAAUUUGGAGCCGACAUCAGUGAAGUUCAAGAGCAGCUCCGUGAUGUGCGGCAAAUACAGGCCGCCGAAUAUGCUUUCGCGGCUAUUCGAGCCGAUGGGACCGUUGUGACGUGGGGAAAAGGGCCCAAGGGUGGUGACAGCAGUGGAGUUCAAGACCAGCUCCAUGAUGUGCAUUCGAUCCAAAAGACAAACUCUGGUUUUGCAGCCUUGAAAGCAGAUGGAUCAGUGGUCACAUGGGGUGAUGAAGGCGGCAACAGCAGCGCAGUCCAGGAUCAGCUCAGGAAUGUCACCCAGAUUCAGGCGACCAACUGGGCCUUUGCGGCCAUCCGUGCAGACGGCCAGCUUGUCACUUGGGGGAACAAGAGUCACGGGGGUGACUGCUCCAAAGUGCAGGAGAAGCUCCAAGGCCAAAGCGUGGUUCAGGUCCAGGCCAACGCCGAGGCCUUUGCAGCGAUCAUGGCCGAUGGCUCAGUCGCAGCUUGGGGGCAGAACGGCUCCGGCGGCGACUGCAUUGCUGUGCAAGACCAACUGUUCAAUGUGCAGCACAUCCAAGCCACGAAGCAAAGAGGGGCCUUUGCUGCAAUUCGUGCAGAUGGAAGGGUCGUCACAUGGGGCUCUGAACACUCUGGGGGCGACAGCAGCGGAGUUCAAGACCAACUCAGAGAUGUGCGAGCGAUUCAGUCAACGAGAGCUGCUUUUGCCGCCAUCCGCUCAGAUGGGAGUGUUGUCGCCUGGGGCGACAAGAGAUGGGGAGGCGACAGCAGCGCGGCCCAGGGCCUGCUCACAAACGUGACCCAGGUCCAGUCUACCGACGAUGCUUUUGUAGCAAUCCUCUCAGAUGGCUCGGUGGUCUCAUGGUGA